AUGCCACCCCCCAGACUCCUCCUCCUCGCAGGGCCACCGCCGUCAUCAACCAUCACAGAGGCCUCAUGCUCCGUCCACCACUUCGACAAGCCCUUCCAGGACCUCCUCGCACUCCCGGCCGCUCCGUCGCGCGAGCCCCCCCCGGCAACGCGAUACACGGCAUGGCGGUCGCUGCCGCUUCUCCGACAGCCCCUGCCCACGAGCUUCAGCCAAGUCCACCAGCUCCGGCGUGAACCGCUCAACCCCCCCGGCACCGCGACUUUCUUCACGACCGCCGACACCACGUCGCCCGGCCACGGCGGAACCGCAGACGUCCUCGCCCAGUUCUGCGAGGAAUCCCUCGCCGCGCACAAUUCCACCGCGGCCCCGGAGCCCGACGGCGUCGGCCUCGACUGGACCACGCAUGACGCCUCCUCCCCGGCGACGACGCCGGGCCUCCCGCUCCCGCUCCCGCACGGCCGCCGCGUCCCGCCGCCUGUGCCGCCGCACCUCUCCGACCUGGAGGACGUGCCGUCGGCGGCGCGGGUCGCCGCGCUGCAGCCACAGACGGUCACGCUGAACCUCAUCGCGGGCGUGCUGUCGGUGGCCCGGCCGCGCACCGUGACGACCAGAUGGGGCAGCACGCUGUCGCUGGUGGAGGUCCUCGUGGGCGACGAGACGGCCGCCGGCUUCGCGGUGACCUUCUGGGUGCCCGCGGACAAGGCCGCGGAGAGCGACGUCCUCAAGCUGCGGCGCCAAGACGUGGUGCUCAUGGAGAACGUGGCGCUGCACGUCUUCCGGGGCAAGGUCUACGGGCAGAGCCUGCGGAGGGGGUGGACGAGGCUGCACCUCUUGUGGAGGGCGCAGGGCGGCGGGCUUUAUUCCACCCGGCGCCUGGCGAGGGCCGGCCGCCACGAGAAUGAGGACGAGAACGAGAGCCCGCAGGUUGGCAAGGCCAGGGCCGUGAGGGAUUGGGUCGUGCGGUUCGUGGGAUUGGACGGCAAGGGGGGGAACGAGGACGCCGUGGACUGGGAUAGGCCGCCGGAUCACACACAGUGA